CUGUUUUGGAUGAGGUUUCACAUUCUCCGCGGGACGCGUGGGCGGGGCCUGGAGCGGUGGGAGGAGUCAGAGGCGGGGCGAAGCUGAAACUUCAGACACGCUGAGAUCUGAGCAUCACUCGAGGAAUAAAGCACUGAAUUAAAGACAACAUGAAACUCUGUUACCUGCUACUGCUGUCAGUGCCAGCGCUGCUUCUGGCUCAGACUCAGGAACAGAACUAUGAUGAUUAUCCAGACAGCUUUGGUGAGUCGCUGGAUUCUGUCUGUCAGUGAAGUCUGUUAAUGAAGCUCAGAUAUUAAUGAUGUGUUGUGUGUGUUUGAUCUGGUCAGGUAACGGCAACAGUUAUGAGUCCUUCUACUGUAAGUGUCCCUCACUCCUCAGCGCUGUGCGUGUGUGUGUGUGUGUGUGUUCACAUGCUCUCUCUGAGCUCUUCCUCUCCUCUUCAGAUCCGGCCGUUUCUCAGCAGGGUUCACAAGCUCAGACCUCAGGACCAGGACAGACCGUGGUGGAUUUUCAGACAGAGCCGACCGAACCUGGACCGCUGGACUGUCGUGAGGAACAGUAUCCCUGCACUCGUCUCUAUUCUGUCCAUCAGCCGUGCAAACAGUGUCUCAACAGCAUCUGCAUCUACAGUCUGCGCAGGGUUUAUGUGAUUAAUAAGGAGAUCUGUGUGAGGACCGUCUGCGCUCAUGAGGAGCUGCUGAGAGCGGAUUUGUGUCGAGAUCAGUUUUCUCGCUGCGGUGUAGUUGCACUCAGUGGCCAGUGUGGGGCGAUGGGGGGCAGCUGUGCUAAGAGCUGCGGAUCCUGCUAAACACACACACACACACACACAUGCACACACACACACAGCAACUACAGCUUUACGAUGAAAACCUCUACGCAAGUGUGCAGACACAAUGCUAACGCGGAGUCGUUUCAUAACGUCAGUUUAACUUCAGAUAUCUGUGGCAUUAGUCAAGCAGCUGCUAUAAACACUUCAAUAGUUUAACUAACUUAACUAAUAGUUAUAAUGAACCCACUAUAGAAGACUGUUUGCGCUAAUAUAGCGCCCCCUUGUG